AUGCGAGAUGUAGUCGAACUUAUCAACGAAUAUGUAAUUGAAGUCGCAGUUGAAGACCGAGCCAAAGAGAUACUAGAGUCCAUGGGGUUUAAAUUAAUUCGAAAAAUUCAUGGAUUUGAACGAUCUUAUCUUGCUAAACUACCUGAAAAUUCUCUUAAAAAUGCUUCAAGAGUAAUUAGCCGAACUAAAAGAAGUGCUGAGAUUGUUUUGAUCGAGCAACAAGAAAGACUCAUUCGAACUAAACGUGAUUUCGUAACUUGGAAUGAUCCUAAAUAUCCGGACAUGUGGUAUUUAAAUCGAGCUGCUUUGAAGGGUGGUAAUGAAGUAGAUCUCAAUGUUCAAGAAGCCUGGCAACUAGGAUAUUCAGGUAAAGGAGUUGUCGUGACAAUUAUGGACGACGGAUUAGAUCAUACCCAUCCUGAUCUUGCUGCUAAUUAUGCCAAAGAUGCAAGCUGUGAUGUAAAUGAUGGCGAUCGUGACCCGAUGCCCAAUACAACCAACCCGGAAAACAAGUGA